AUGCCCCAAAAUCCUCGAAUGCCUCUCUGGGUUCGCUUCCUCGGCCCAGUCGUCACCAUCAUCAUCACCGUGAUGCAAAUCGGUGGCUGUAUCGCCCAAGCAAUGAUACUCUUGGACCACUGGGUCCUCGCAUUCAUCAUCCAUCAUGAAAUCGCCUGGUUCAUAUGCACCAUGUGGUUGGCCGUCGGAGAGGGCACCACUGCCUCCUGGCGCCUUCAGAUGAAAGACAGCGGCGACGACAACGGGGACAAGACCUUCAUUGCCGCUACAUCGGCCGUUUUCUCGCUGUGGGCCGGCAUCCUAUCCCUCAUCCUCUUUUGCAGAAUUUACAUCAAGGACAUACUCGACCCCAUCAGAAUCAUAUUGAGACCCAUACGCCACAUGAUGGACAGAUCUGAGGCCAUCAAAAUCUUGUGCAUGUCGGCUGGAAUGCGCAUCGCCCGUUACAUCUUCGAUUCCGCCCUCGAUGCAUUAGCCAACGCUCCCCCUAUAUACCGCGCCACUGUGUACUACUUCCUGCUCACCUUCAUCCUCGUCGCCCUCGUUUCUGCCCACCAAGCCUACACCCGCCGCCCCGGGACUUUCACCUGGGACUGCCAGCUCCGCGACAUCGAAGAGACUUCUGAUUUCCUCAAGUUUGCUCUAUUGCGGUGGCUCCUCCUCUUCAACUUUGCCAUCGGGUUUGAAGUCUUCGUGCUGGGGGUCUACGCGUUUACAGAGGACUUGCGCCAAGUGGAGUACGAUGAGCCUGACUAUCUCCCGGUGCUGCUGAGGCUGAACUGGGCGAAUAUCAGCUGGUUGGGGAGCACGGUUGGCGAGUGGCUGUGGAGGCAUGUGGAAUAUUAUUGGUCUGAGCUUGAGGCUUUUCUCGGGCAACUGCUGCGUGAGCAACAGCUGCGUGAGCAACAGCUGCGAAGCCAAAUUGCAAAAAGCGAGAGACAAAUUCGCAUUUCCAGCUUUGUUCUCAUGAAUAGACAAUACGCAAACCUUAGAAGAUGCUUAAAGUGGACCCUUGAUCACGGCAGUAUGCCAAACAUACUUUCCAUGGCCCUUUUCUGGGGCUUCAUUCUGGCUACAUUCUGA